GUAACCAAACACAGCGGCGGGAACGACCAUAGUUACUGUUUUUGUUUUGAUGAUUUGUGUUGUUUGGUCGUUUUGCUCGUCGUUCACGGCUCCUCUGGGACUCUUUAAGGGCAGAAUGAGAGCACAGUGGCUGUGUUUAUGAACUCUGUAACUCUUCGCUCCUAAAAAUGCUGCUUUAUAACCGCAAUUAAAGCUCCAGACUGACACAGAGCGGGGAUUCUGGGAUUGUGAGUUUUCUGGACACGGUCAUCUGAUCUGCUCUCAGAAAUGUCCGCGCAUAAAGAAGAGACUUUAUCUCCGGACGAGCUGAGGAAGAGGCUCUACCAGACCUUCAAGAGCCGAGGACUUCUGGACACUCUGAAGACUCAACUGCGGAACCAGCUGAUCCAGGAGCUGCAGAGUCCACUCACGAGUGAACCGGUUCCCAGGCCGCUUUCGGCUAAAGUGGAUUCCGUCUCGCUGCUGGCGUCCAACAGUCUCGUCAUAGAUCAUCUACAGACGUCUGGUUAUGAAUACACGUUAUCUGUGUUCCACCCAGAGUGCGGGAUGAGCAAAGACAAGGUGUUUUCGAUGAAAGAUCUUCUCCAGCUGAUGAGGAUCAGUCCACAUUCACCUGUUUAUAAAUCUGUGGUGUCAAAUGUUCAGAGGGGACAGAAAGGUUUGUUAAUAAAUCUCCUCUCAGAGUUAAUCGACCACCAUGUUCACCCGGAGCUCCGUGAUGCUGAUACUCAGACCUCCACCACACCGCCGGAUUACAGACAGUCGCUCGUGGACAAGCUGCAGAUGAUCGACGAGGAGUACGAAGCUCUGAGGCAGAAGGGAAAUCGGUGGGCGUCGGUGGAAGCGAAGCUGGCUGAAUACAGGAAGGAGAUGGAGGAGCAUGCUCAGGCUGAGUUAAGAGCAAAGUUGCAGCAUUUUCAGGAGGUUGAGGUGUCCCGGGUCCGAAUGGAGGAGCAGGAGAAGAAUCGCAGAGAAAUCCAGGAGCUCCGACACCGUCUGGAGAAAACCUACGAGCUGAAGGCUGAAGCUCUGAUGAGCCGCGAGAAAAACGCCAUUGAGCGACUACAGAAACAGCAGGAGAUUGAGGAAAAGGAAAUCUACAGCCAGCGACAGGCUUUACUAAAGGAGAUCGAGUCAGUGCGCAACAGAGAGACUGAACUGAGGCACAGGAUGGAGGCCUUCGAGAAGACCUGUAAGCUUCAUGAGGAGAAGGUGAAGAGCGUGGAGGAGCUGCUGAGGCGGAGGGAGCUGACCGUGAAGACCAUGGAGGACACAUACGAACAGAAGCUCAACAACGAGCUCAAGAAACAGCAGCUGGAGCUGAAGGAGGACUACGCCACGAGGACGGAACAACUGACCGAGAACGAGAGGAGAAAUAAAGAGGAGACAGCGAGGCUCCAGAAAGAAGCCGCCAUCCUCGACGUGAAGGCGGAAGAGCAUGAACGAACCGUAACUGAACUAAGGCGAAUGCAGGUGGAGUUGGACUCAUUGCGGGAGCAGGGUGGCGCUCUAACCCGGCAGAACGCCUUGCUGCGGGAGCGCCUGGAGGCCAUGAGCGAUUACACGGCUCUGCGAAGCGAGCGGCUGGAGCUACAGGCUGAGGUUCAUCUGCUGAAGGAACAGCUGGAGAAGAAACAGCAGGAGAACCAGAGACUCCGCAAAGAGCUGAGUGGACCCUCUCAGGAGCAGCUGUCCCUGCAGGCGGAGGUCAGGAGGCUGGAGACGGCCCGCAAGCUCGACCAGGAAGAGUUCCAAAACCAGAAAGAAAUGUUCCACACCCAGCUUACGCAGGAGGUGGAACACUGCGCCCAGCUGAAGGCCCAGCUGCUGGAGUGUGAGGAGAGGACCAAGUGGAUGUCCGCUAACGCCGAGGAGAUCAAACAGCAGCUUCGACUCACCCAGCAAGCUCUGGAGAACGAGGUUCUGCGGAACCCAAAACCUUCGCUGGUAGACCGUUCCGUUCUUGAUUUGAACCCUGAUAAAGUGGUGCCCCCUGACCUUUACAUGGAGGGCGCUCUACUUAAGGCCACUGUGGGUUAUGAUGACGAGGUUGUGUGUGACCCAGGGCUGAACACCAGGGGGCGCCAGCGUCCGCCGUGGCCCCGCAGUGGUUCUCCCGAGCUGGGCACGGAGCUGGUAGCUGAAGCCCUGGCCCGUAUCCGUGAGCUGGAGAAGGAGGCCGAGACGCUGGAGGAGGCUUACAGGAGCUACCAGCAGAGGGCAGUGCGAGCACCGGUCAGUCACAUUCCUCCUGAACGAACCACCGCCGCAUAUGUCCGGCCCACAGCUGCAGCCCGGCACAGAGUAACCUUUGACCUGGACGGGCCAGCUCUGGGCCCUGUUUUCAUGGGCAGAGAGCUCAGCCAUCGAGAGAUAAUCGACAUUCCACUGUCCAGCAACCAAGCGCCCCCUAGAGCCCACUCUCCUACACCCAGACGCCUGUCCUCCACCCCCGUCUCCACCAAAACCCGACCCAGAACGCACACUGACCAGGAGGUCAGCGUGGAUGCCCCUGGAGUGGACGGGUCAGCAGUAACGUUCACAGGUUUGAGUCCAGACAGGGACGUCUCUCCGAUCCCUGCUGCCGCCGCCGUCUCCUCUACUGAAUACACAAACAUCACCCCGCCCAGCAGCCCCCAGAUGAAGAGCACGACCCGCAACCACUGCAGUCCCCCAAAACUGCAGGAGGUCAUCACUUCAUCUCAGGAGUCUUCACCCAAACCUGAGAAGAUCAGCAUUCAGGACCUGACUGAACCUGUAACAGUUCUGUCUGCAGACCUCCACUGCAGUUUGGAGCAGCUCCAGGACGGACGUGUGGUCUCCUCUACAGCCAGCCAGCCGAACAGAGACAGUCCUCCACAGAGCCACCUGAGCGAGGACUGUGUGUCUCCAUCAAACAUGGACGCUGUUGGAGAAAAAGAGGAGGACAGGAGAUGGAGGGAGAGAGAGAAGGCAGAGGAGGAGAGAAGACAGAUUGAGAGAGAGAAGGAAGAAGAACAGAGGAGAAGGAGGGAAAAAGAGGAGGAAGAGGAGGAGAGGAGAAGGAGGGAAAAAGAGGAAUAUCAGGAGCGAGAGAGGAGACGGAGGGAGGAAGAGGAGGAGAGAGAGGAUCAGGAGCGAGAGAGGAGAGAACUGGAGCAGGAGCUGCUGCAGCUGGCUGUUUCUGAAAGAGAACAUGUGGAAACAGAGGAGGAUGGAGACGGGAGGAGUUAUGGAGGCGGACGAGUCGAAGGUGUCGUCUGUACGGGGCGAGAGUUUAAACCCAAACCCCACCGACUCGCUAGUUCUGGGAGAGAUGAGCCAGACAAUCAGAGUCACGAGGCUGCAGCUCUGUCUGACAGGGACGACAGCGUCGCUGCUUUCUCCCAUGAUGAUGCAGAUGAUGACUUUUGGUGAUGAUGAGGAGCCGUCGCUGCUUCACCUGCUGCGCUCUUCAUUUUUACAGAUUCUUUUUCUGUAUUUUAUAUUCAAUGGAAUUUGAGUUUGUGUGCAGUUUUAUAUUUAUUAAAUUCAGUAUCAGAAUCUCAA